GAGUGACAAAUUUUUGAGGCGGUCCUCGAAGUUAACCCUAGCCAAAUAGUCUUAAAACUCUUCACUGUCUCAGGUAAAAAUCAUUUAGGCGGGAAAACCCCUAAAUAAAACCAAAAAACUAAAAACUUCAUCUUUCUACUCCCAACUUCUCCGACCCGACUUUUACGGUUUUUUUCUUAACAGUUCACGCGAGAGCGAGCGAGCCAUGGCUAUCUGUGGUCAGGUACGGGUCGACGAACGGCUGGCCAGUGAUCCAACUGGAGCAGGAGACGACCGACCGGUGAAGAAAGAGAACGCGGUCGUGUUUGAUGACGAAGAAAAACGCGAAAAGUGUGUUCCCAAACCUGAGGUUGCGGAGCUGCGUGGACGAUGGGAGUUUGCUUCCGUUCUCAACUUCUUAACCGUUUUUGAGCCAGUAAUCGGUAAGGAAUCGCAGAUAUCGGCGGAAGAGAUUGAGGCGGGUUUGAUAAACCCUGAUAGUUCGCUUAUUAAGCUCCAUAUUACACUUUUGAAGGGUAUACCGCCUGUGAGUAAAGCAUUGGAUGGUUCUGAUGCUUGGGUGACUGUGCUUUGUAAGAAGCUUUCUCCGUGGUGGCCGUGGGUUGCUGAAGGGGAUAUGCCAAUUGUGGUAGCUAAAGGAGAGGAGAUCCCCAGAUACAAAGAACUCAAUCCUGUUAAGCGUUUACUGAUGUUGAAAGCGCUUUGUGAAAUACGGGCUGAUCAAGAUGAUGCAGUGGCUUAUCUUAAUGAUGCUCUGAAACAAGGGACCCAAAUUUCUUCUUUCCGUAAAGAUAAGAUAGGAGUAAAUGGGAAUAGCACUUCCUUUUGGUAUGAUGGGAAUAAAAUUGUUGGAUACAGAUUAUACAGAGAAGUAACUACAUUUGAAACAAAGAAAAAAUCUAUUGGAAGAGAGUCUUCGCUCCCAACCUGUAAAGAGUGGGAAACGCUGGCAACCAAUCUAGAGGAAUUUCGCAAAGUGGCAGAUGAAUUCUCAUCGAGCAAAGUUGUAGCAUUGGCUUCUGUUGGUAGGACUCUCAACACUGAUGCUAUUCCUGUUCUUGAGAAAAUUCAGAAGAAUAAAGAACAGGCGAUAAGAAGGAAACAAAGGAAAAAUAUGCUUUUGAAUGAUCAAAGAAGUUUCCAUGCUAAUACUGGUGCCCGUGCUAGAGUUACUCGCUCAUGUCGCACCCUUAGGCCUGUCAAUUACACAUUUGAUGACUAUGAUCAAAUGAUGAAGGAAGCUAUACAACAAACGAUAAAGAGGACAAGUCCCAAAGAACAAAGGAAAGAAAGAGAGGGUAGCGAGACAAACCCAAAUGACCCUUCCCCUAAAAGGGUCUGCUCCAAGGAUGAUAGUGCUCAAGAUUCUGAUGUGGAUAUUGUUAUGCUUGAGGAUGGUGGUAGUGAUGACAAUUAUAGUGGCAAAGAGGAUGUUGAUGUUGAUGAUGAUGAUAGUGGCUCUAGAGACUCAGCCACUUCUGAAGAAGGCGCGAAGGAGAACCAUCCUGCCAAGAAUUUUGGUUCCCGUCGGAGUACUAGAAUAGCUGGAGACACUGCCCAUCCCUCAAUGGAAAACAGAAACUUUGGAAUGAAGAACAUAUUAAGACAAAGGCCGACCCGUAACUCAUCUAUGGACGCUAUUGUUAUACCAGAUUCAGAUGAUGAAAGCUGAGCUAGACAAUUCAGUACAUGGAAACUUGAUACUUCUUUUCCUAGUAAUAUGUAGAAAGAAGACUGCUGAAGUUAAACUCCAAAUCUUUUGCUAUUUUUUGAGCAAGUUUUGAAACACGUGUGUUGUGAAGUUGGCAACAUGCAACAUGGGCACUUCACAGUGUAAAUUUUGAAAUCGUAUUUUGGCAUUUAAAAAAAAAAUCGAAAGUUGGUGUUUUGAAAAUGUAACUGAUGGGUGGGUCAAAUUACAUUGGUGAUCGAUGAUGUAUGUAAUAGGUAUUUAAAAGCUUGGCUAGGCCCUUUAUUGAUACGUUAUAAUACAUAUAUAACCUUAAACAAUAGCAACACAAAUUCCUUUAUGUCAUCCUACAAUUUUAAUAUGUAUUCAUGAGAAUCAUUCAUGACU